GCUUCUUCCGCAGGCGCCUCUUCCGGUUUCGCGUUCUCUUUUGCUACGUGUCUUAAAGGGCCUCGUUGGCUGCAGCGUGUUCAGCGUAGCGAGCUUCUCUCCGCAACUUUCAUCAUGGAUCAAGUAAUGCAAUUUGUAGAGCCCAGCCGCCAGUUUGUGAAAGAUUCCAUUAGACUUGUUAAAAGAUGCACAAAACCAGAUAGAAAAGAAUUCCAGAAGAUUGCCAUGGCAACAGCAAUAGGUUUUGCAAUAAUGGGAUUUAUUGGUUUCUUCGUAAAAUUGAUCCACAUUCCAAUCAACAAUAUUAUUGUGAUGCUGUGUGACACAUCGCAUUCGGGCCAACGUUCAGCCACAAGUCAAUCAGCAGUGCGACAGGUGUUGGGGCAUGGGAGACCUGGCUGCAGCUGUCCUAAGGUAAGCAGGUGCGGGGUGCAUGGGGCAGCUCCACCCCCACCCUACCUUGAUUUUUACGCAUGUGCCUCACCCCAUGUACAAUCAGAUGGUGGGAUGAGUGGGUCGGGUCUUAACUAGAGCUUAUUUGGGGGGUAGGGCUUAUAAUAGCACACAUAAAAAAAUCAAGCUAGUUCUUAUUUUUGGAAUAUGUUCUAUUUUCAGGGAAACAUGACAUUUCAGGGUCCCUGCAGUUGCCUCUGAUUCUUAAGCUGAAAAGAAAUAGUGUGCCAUGUUAAUAAAAGCCACAAUUAAAAACAUUUGCUGCUGUCUUUUUUGUUUAUAUUUAAUGUAUAAAUAUAUUUAAAAUAUAUUUUGAAAUAAAUAUGUUAUUACUACUAAGACACCACUAUACAUAUUUCUUGAAUAAAGUAGUUCCUUUGAAAAGGGGCAUUUCUUAGGCCAGCUACUGUGUUUCCCUGAAAAUACAACCUAUCCCCAAAACAAGCCCUAGUCUGAAUUUCAUGUCUCUGCCUAAUAUAAAUACUGCUCCAAUUAAGUCCCACUCACCAUCUGGUUGUAAAUACUGGUGGUGCCGCUUGUAGCAGGACACAAUGUGACAUGUUGUGCCGGUGCUGUUCUUGUGUGCGCAACAGCACAAUAUACCAUUUAGCCUCCUGCCACAAGCAGCAGAACUGGUGUGACGAGCCAUGUGGCGAUUGGCCAUAGAAGCAGUCAGGCAGCACCAAGAUAGGUGUUGGUGCCUGGGAGGCCUAGCUGCAGUAGUUUUAAGGUAAGUGUGUAAGACAUCCUCUGAAAAUAAGACUUGGUGCUUAUUUUGGGGCCCAAAAGAAAGAUCAAGUCUUAUUUUUGGGGAAACAAUAAUAGAAGUGGUUAAUUUAUUCAGUGAUAUAAGUCCCCUAUUUUUAUAAUUGAUUCCAUAAGUCAUUUCUAUAUUUGUACAUUAUAUGAUACAUACAAUGGGAUAAUUGCAUGAUACUCUAGGAUCUCUACCCAUGUCUCAGUGGAACAUCUGUUACAAUGUGUGCCCUGCCAUUCAGUUGUAAUAAAUUAUUUCUGCAGAAAAAAUGCUUUUAUUUGUGGAAUAAUUUUAUGUUUCAUUUUGGACUACAUUAAUUAUCCAUUUUGGUGGGUUAUUUUGUUAGUAAUAUGGGGCUGACUAUUUGAUGGUGAGAUAUAUCACCAAUGAACGAGAGAGUGGAUGUAAAAACAACUUGAUAUUGGUUUAUCUGGCAUCGUUGAGGUUUGACUACUAAUUUCUUCUAUAUCUUUCUGUUGAAUCCAGAGACAAUAUGAAAGUGCG